AUGCGCCUCCUCGCCUCCCUCCCCAUCGUCUUGCUCUCCCUGAUUAGCUCGACGCAGGCCCAGUUUGGCUUCUUUGAGCAAAUGUUCGGCGGCCAGCAGCAGCAACAGCAGCCCCAGAACGUCCCCAGCGACCCAUCGCAAUACCAGCAACGAUAUGACGGAUCCUACUGCGAACACUACCUCUGCCCUGACACCCUCGCCUGCGUCCACUUCCCGCACCACUGCCCCUGCCCCUGGCCCGCGAACCAAGACAAAGUCGAGCUCGCCGAGGGCAACCGCAUCUGCGUUUCGAGGGGCGGCUUUGCUGCUGGCGAGGCGGCAAGGAAGGUUGAGCUUGCGCGCAAGGGCAUGCUCUAA